GCUAGCGGUAGACCUCAUGCUGCCGGUUCAAAGAUUCCUGCCAUGACUGCAGUUGCCAAAAAUGGAAAAGACUCUCCUAAGACCCCGGAGACCAGUGGACACAGCAGCCCCAGCACUCCCAAAUCCCCUGCCAGCAAGGCUGCGGGUGGCAAGCCUCCAAGCACAGGAAAUGAAAUCAAGAAGGUCGCAGUGAUUCGCUCGACCCCUAAAUCUCCAAAGAACCGUUCACCCACAUCACUGUCGGCCGCUGCCCCCCUCCCUGAUCUGACGAGCAUACGCUCCAAAGUCGGCUCCAUUGACAACUUGAAGCACCAGCCCGGAGGCGGCCGGGUAAUUCAUCUUGAGUUGAUUCACUUUAAUAUUCUGUUUGCAGUUAG